AUGUCUGCCGCCACGAGGAAGCCGCCCUCAGCGGGCACCAACCGGUUGAACGACAACAACACCGCAUCGCCGUCGCCCUCUCGUCAGCCGCGCACCUCGACCCCGACGUCUUCCGUGGCUGGUGCCCAGAAUGCUACUCCCACGCGGACCCGGUCUACCAGGACUGGCACCCCCGUCUCGGCGCGCGCUGCCGCCCACCGCGGGUCGUCAUCGCUGAGCAUUUCGACUACAGAGGCUGAGGAGGUGCUGCGCGCCGAAGCCGCCGCCGUCGUCGAAGACCUCAAGGCAAGACUGGAGAAGGCCGAUGCCACCUCGGAACAGUACAGGAAGCAGGCCGAGGUGCUCCAGUCCCGGCUCGAGGACGCCCUCAAGGAGCAGGCCAAGCUUGAAGAGCGCGUGCACGAGAGCGAGGAGCAGAUCGAGGCGCUUCGGAACGAGAAGAGGGAGUCUGCCAGGCAGAUUAGAGAGAUGGAGACCAUCUACGAGGCUGAGAAGAGCAAGAUUCUUAAGGAGAAGGAGGAGAUGGCCAAUAGGGAGGAAGAGAUGCAGGCCGUCAUCAACCGGCUGAAGGACACCAUCAACCAGAGAAACGCCGAGGAUGAAUACCGGCCUACGAGGCAGUCCAACACUUCCUCCCCCACCGUCGACAACGGGAACUUUGCCCCUCCGUCAUCCAUUAAUCGCAGCGAUUCGCGAAACAACUCCAAGCUGCUCCUUCAGAAGGACAAGCUGAUCGAGUCGCUGCGCCUCGAACUCGCCGAGGCUCAGAUCAAGCUCGUCGAGUCUGAAAACCAGGGAGGCGGGCGCCUGCAUGAGGUCGAGCGCCUGCUGAUGGAAGCCCGCAUGGCUAAUGCGCGCCUGAUGGAGGACAACGAGUCAUAUCAGCUGCUCUUGCAGGAAAAGACACUGCACGGUGACUUUGGCAAGGGCGACUUCAGCUACAUGGGUAUGAACGCCAACCAAGAUGCCCUGAGUGCGCUCGAGGGCCGCCCCAGCUCUGGCGGAAAUAAGGAUCUCCUUGGCAGCAACAGCCUGGCCGACGAACUUGGCGACAUGGCCGACGAGUCUGCCAUCUCGCACGUCGACGACGCAGACCAUCAACGUCGCCUCGAAGGCGAGCUGCGUGCGCUGAAGGAUCAAAACAAGGCGCUCACCCUCUAUAUUAACAAGAUUAUCGAGCGGCUUUUGCAGCACCAAGAAUUUGAGCACAUUCUUGACCAGUCUUCCGAUGCCAAAUCUGGGGCAAACGUCAACAAGGACCUGCCUGCUCCGCCAUCCGACCAAGGCGCUGCCGCCUCUUUGCUGCAGCGCGCAAAGUCUAUCGCCAUGGGUGGCAAGCCCGCUGAGGCCAACCCGAAGCCCCGACAGCGCCCCUUGACUUUUAUGCCAUCCUCCACUGCCGCCCAUCACAACCCCGACACGGCCCCUAGCAUUCCCAUCGGCAUGUCCCGAUCCGCCUCAACCAGACGUCCCGGUGGACGUCCCAUGAGCGAGCAAUUCGCCGGGGCUGCUGGCAUCGUCAACGCCAUGUACAAAGGUCCUGACGGUCCACUGUCCCCCUCCCUGUCAAACCCACGCAACAGCGCUCAAUUCUUCAGUGGCACUGGUACGCCUCGGUUGACAUCCUCCAGCAGCGGUGCGCCCACGGCUGGAAACUUCCCAGGCAUGCGCAGUGAGACGAGCAGUGUGAGCGGCGACUCGGCGGCUGAUGGUACCAGCGCGAGCCAGAGCCCACCUCGUACUGUCAGCUCCGGCCACAGCCAUGGCGACAAGCAGGCCACUUUCGCCGGUAACAAGCCGAGACCACUGAGGCUCGUCCAGGAGAACCCGGACAUGAAGGGCGCUGAUGCGCAGAACAAGAGGGCAAGUUGGUUCGGCUGGGCAGGCCCGGGCUGGGGAGGUAAGAAGCCGGAGGAAGGCGAAACGAUCAAGGAGUAA